AAAUAAAAAAUCACUUAAUCACAUAUUAAUCUGUGUUUCCACCGGAACCACCAAUUUCGCAGCGGAUGGAACUGAAAAGUGGUGAACAACGCCGGCCUCCAACAGCGCCGCCAGGAACGGUUGCCAGCUCACGGCCUCAUCCUCACCGGAAACCACAUAAUUCUUUAAUCCAGUAUCUACUUCAACGCCGGCAUGUUCGUUUUUGAGCCUAGCCUCUCCGUCUACGACGAAACUCUUGAGGAAACUCAAGAUUACUCCUCUCACCCCUUUCGCCGAGCAGGACUUCUUGAAUAUGUUCUUCAGGGAAAUUUACGAGCCAAUUCCACCGAUUUACAACCUGGUUUUGGCCAUGCUACGUGGCUCCGGAGAACAUUGAGCUGGAAACUCAAAUUUUCAUUUUUAAGGAAUUAUCUCAAAUUUAACAACUACUAAAUUUGCAUGGAUUUCUUAAAAUAAAAUUUUAAAAUGUCA